AUGUCCACUGCACCUCCCAAAGAUACUCCCAUCACCGUGUCCGAACUCAAAAAGCACGAUGGUUCCGACGAAUCUCUGCCCAUUUAUGUCGCCAUUAAGGGCGAUAUCUUUGACGUGUCUGCCAACAAGGCCUCGUACGGCAAGGGUGCAGGAUACAACUGCUUUGCCGGAAAGGAUGCCUCUCGAGCACUUGGCAUGUCGUCUCUCAAACCCGAAGACUGUGUAGCUGACUAUAGCACUUUAACCGAGAAGGAAUUGGAGACUCUUGAUCAAUGGCACGCUUUCUUCUCCAAGAGAUAUAACAUCAUUGGCAAGGUUGUGCCAGAUAAUUAA